AUGAAUGGAAACGGACAUUACAACGGACAUCGGGCGGAUAGUGAGGAAAAUCUGCAUAAACCAGCGCACGAGAAUGGCGCCAAUACUCAUCCGGCGGGUGCCGGCACAGAAAGCAACGAACCCAACUUUGAUCGUCUAAACUUCAUGGGACGCUUAUCGUAUCACGUGUCGAUUGCGAUAGGGAAGUUUUUCUACCGACUUGGUUACUGGAUAGCGAACAAUGCUUGGAAAACGAUCGGUUUAAGCUUUCUGCUGGUGGCCGUAUGCAGCGUGGGUUUCAUCCGGUUUCACAAAGAAAAGAGUCCGAUGAAACUUUGGAUACCGCUCGGGUCAAAGUUUCAGCACGAUACGAACUGGUUGAUUGAGCACUUUCAAGAGGGUAAUCGGAUCGAGACGGUGAUGAUCACUGCACCGGAUGUGUUAGUGCCUGAGGUUCUGCAGACGAUUGCAAAAAUAACAGAAGAGGUGGAAGGUUUCACAUUUCACAACAGCCAAGGACAACGUUUAGGGUGGACCGACGUUUGUCACAAAGUUCCUUUCAUAGCGGAAUACACGGCGGAUCAGACGCGCCGUAAGCGUCAUGCACAAGACCUGGAAGAGCAAUCGGUAACGACGCGUCGGCCAAAGAAGAGUAAACCCUUCUUUACACCUGUCAUCGAUGUUCCUUCGUUCAUCUUCUGUCCAAUGUUGGAGCGUCUUGAGCUGGGAUGCUACGGAAGCAGCUUGUUGGAGCUGUGGAAAUACAAUCAGACCGUUAUGGCUGGACUCUCGAAGGAAGAGAUCGUUGACAAGCUAAACCGAACCACGGUUAGCCCCAUGACCGGACACACGGUACAGUUUGCUGAGCUGCUAGGGGAUGUCAAGCGCGACUGGAGCGGACGGAUAGUGUCCGCCGGCUCACUGGUGACGCAUUGGUUCGUGCAUGUCAACUUUUCGGAAGUCGAUUCGGACGUUAGUGGUAAUGCUGCCGGUACGGAGGAUUGGGUCACCGAGAAUGCUGUGCUGUGGGAGGAAAAGUUUCUACAGAUUAUUGCGAAGGCAAAGCGGGAACUGUCGAACAAUGAGACCAACAUUUACUAUGCGGCAGGAAGAAGUUAUGGAGACAUUAGCGAGGAAUCGAUGUUUAAAGACAUGGACAAGCUAAUCUAUGGAGGUGUCGUUAUGUUUGUGUACAUGCAGCUGGUCUUAUCAAAGUUCAGUUGGACCGAGUUUAGGGUUAUACUUGGAUCCGUUGGACUGAUGAGCGUUGGAAUGGGCUUCAUAUGCGGAUGUGGUAUCGUAGCAGCAAUUGGUGUGUCCUACGGUCCAGUUCACACUUCGCUACCAUUCCUGCUGAUGGGUCUCGGUGUAGACGAUAUGUUCGUAAUGAUGGCUUGCUAUCGCAAGGUACGCAAAGCUAAUCCCGAUCUACAGCUGGCCGAACGCAUGGGUUUAAUGCUGCAGCAUGCCGGCGCCUCCAUCACGGUUACCUCGCUGACAGACAUCGUGGCGUUCAUCGUGGGCUCAAUUACGGUCAUUCCUUCGCUGCAAUCGUUUUGCAUCUACGCGGCGGCCGGUGUAUUUAUGAUGUUCGUGUUCGUUAUCACAUUCUUCGUUGCCAUAUUUACGCUGGAUGAAAUACGCAUCGCUAACCGGCGUAACUCGUUCCUGCUGUGGAUCGUGCACGACGAAAAGUCGACCUCGCUCUGGUGCGAGUACAAUCUAAUGCAUCGCUUUAUCAACGCGCUCUACUCAAAGUUCCUGCUGACGACCGUUGGCAAAACGCUGGUCAUAAUUGCGGUGGUACUGAUGACCGGAAUAAAUGUGCACAAUUUGUUAAAGCUGCGCCAGAAAUUUGACCCCAAUUGGUUCAUUCCGGAGGACACGUACUACAACCAGUUUGUGGUGAAAACGCACGAACACUACCCGAACGCAGGGUACGAGGCGAUGCUGUUAUUUGGUAAUCUAAACUACACAGCCGAACUGCCCAAUCUGAUAAGGGUUACGCAUCAGCUAGAAAAUCGGACUGACAUACUGCACAGCUUUAGUUCGUGGGUAACCUCGUUUCAGGACUUUGUACACACGCACUACGACAAGGACAUUGCGGUAGAUCCGCUGACCGACAGUGACUUCCGCAAGUACUUGUCAAAGUUCCUUUUCAGUUACGAAGGAGGCCGAUAUCAAAUGAACAUAAAGUUCGCGACCAAGCUCAAGUGUGGCCAGCCCGCACCCAACAUUACGGUCACAACGAUGGACUUUAAGUUUCGACCGUUCAAGGAGCGAGAGGAUUACUUGCCGGCCAAGUACGCUGUGGAGGGUGUGCUGGCCAACAGCAACAUAAGCACCGGUGACCACUACCGAACACUGUGGGCGAAGAUUUUCGGCAACUGGGUAACGGACGAGAUUAUCGAUACGGAAAUCUAUCGCAACAUAUCACUUGCGCUUAUUGGAGUUAUGUUCUGCUCGGUGGUACUGAUAGUGAACCUUCAGAUUUGUUUCUGGAUAUUCAUUUGUGUGCUGCUCACGCUGGUCAACGUUGGGGGACUGAUGCAGGUGUGGGGACUUACGCUGGAUCUCGUAUCGUGUAUAGCGCUCCAGCUUGCCGUGGGACUGUGUGUCGAUUAUGCGGCACAUAUAGGUCACACCUUCCUGACCAUCAACAAGGGCGAUCGGAAUCGUCGAAGUCUCGAGACAGUAUUGCAUAUCGGUGCGGCCGUUUUCUAUGGUGGAGGAUCAACUAUUCUCUCCCUAUCAAUACUGUCCGGUUCGCAGGCGUAUACUUAUAGGACCUUUUUCAAAAUAUUCCUACUCGUGAUUGCGUACGGACUUUUCCACGGUACGAUACUGCUGCCUGUGAUACUGAGCCUCAUCGGGCCUGCACCAUACAGUGGAUCGCUCAACAGUCUCAACACGAUCAACAACAAUCCCAGUCCGGCAAAGAAAGCAUGCCGCGAAGGCACGGAGAUGAUUUCAUUCAUUGGCAAUGAAAAGUAUACACCGAACGGUGCGGAACUUUAGGGAAAUUAG